AUGAACAAAAACGAACAAACUCCACAAGCCGGUACAAACAAAAAAGAAAAAGAAAAAGAAAAUCUAGAACGCAAGAGUAUCGCACCGUCACCCAAAGAGGGGAGCGACACCGAGAGAGAAUACAACAAACCACCGUUCGAAGAUUCUCUCCGUCGCGCUCUCUCCGAUCAAAUCAACCACUUUAUUCAGAAAACCAAACCAUCAACAAAAUGAACAAGUUAAGCAGAGGCAACCGCGACAAAGUUCAGCAGUUCAUGGCAAUUACUGGGAUAAGUGAGAAAGCUGCUCUACAGGCUUUGAAGGCCAGUGAUUGGCAUCCUGAAGGUGCAUUUGAAGUAUUCUACAACCAUCCUCAGAUAAAAACAUUUACAGAUACCAAACGUUUGGAAGAUCUUUACAACAGAUAUAAAGAUCCUUAUGUUGAUAUGGUACUGGUUGAUGGCAUCACUCUCCUUUGCAAUGAUCUCCAGGUGGAUCCUCAAGAUAUUGUUAUGCUAGUUGUUUCAUGGCACAUGAAGGCUGCCACCAUGUGUGAAUUCUCCAAGCAAGAAUUUUUAGGCGGACUACAAGCACUAGGGAUAGAUUCUUUGGAGAAGUUCCGUGAAAGAAUACCACUCAUGCGAUCUGAGCUAAAAGAUGAACAAAAGUUCCGUGAGAUAUACAAUUUUGCUUUUGGCUGGGCAAAAGAAAAGGGUCAAAAAUCUUUGGCAUUGGAUACAGCUAUUGGAAUGUGGCAGCUGCUGUUUGCUGAAAAGCAGUGGCCGUUGGUUGAUCACUGGUGCCAGUUCUUACAGGCUCGGCAUAAUAAAGCAAUCUCUCGGGACACGUGGUCUCAACUAUUGGAAUUCACCAAGAUAGUGGAUCCAACUCUAUCAAAUUAUGACGCUGAGGGUGCUUGGCCUUAUCUUAUUGAUGAGUUUGUUGAUUACUUGAAUGAGAAUCAAGUGAUUGGAGCUUAAAAUUAUGAGAAACAAUUGUCAAACUCCUUCACCUUGUGGGACUGGAUUGUUUAUUUGGUUUCACAUCUUUUAUGAUGCUCUUACAUUCUUCAAAACUGUCUGCCUUGGCCUUACCAUUUGUACAUGAUGGAUGCGGAUGAUGUAAAUUAGUGGCGAAAUCCAUCCUGAGGCUCUCGUAUUUUACCACUUCUAUUCAAAAACUCGAUCCCACGGGUACCUAUAAUUGCCAAAUUUUGAUUUCCGUGCCCUUUAGAAAUUUGGUAUGUUUAGAUAUUGAAAAUAUAACUUUUAUGGGGUAGGAGUUUUCUGAACAAAAGUGGUAAAGUACAAAGGUUUCGGGAUGAGUUCAGCCUUAAUUAGUUGAUUAUUUUCGAAACACAAAAUUAGCAACGUAUUGUUUUUGCUUACUA